GUCUGUGAUGAUGAGUGGCACCACUAUGCUUUGAACCUGGAGUUCCCCACAGUCACACUUUAUGCCGAUGGCAUCUCGUUUGACCCUGCCCUCAUCCAUGACAAUGGUCUCAUCCACCCACCCCGAAGGGAACCUGCUCUCAUGAUUGGGGCCUGCUGGACUGAGGAAAAGAACAAAGAGAAGGAAAAGGGAGGAGACAACAGUACAGACACCACACAAGGAGACCCCUUGCCGAUCCACCACUACUUCCACGGCUACCUGGCUGGUUUCAGCGUGCGCUCAGGCCGCCUGGAGAGCCGCGAGGUCAUCGAGUGCCUCUAUGCAUGCCGGGAGGGGCUGGACUAUAGGGAUUUCGAGAGCCUGGGCAAAGGCAUGAAGGUCCACGUGAACCCCUCGCAGUCCCUGCUCACCCUGGAGGGGGAUGAUGUGGAGACCUUCAACCAUGCCCUGCAGCAUGUGGCUUACAUGAACACUCUGCGCUUUGCCACGCCUGGCGUCAGGCCCCUGCGCCUCACCACUGCAGUCAAGUGCUUCAGCGAAGAAUCCUGUGUCUCCAUCCCCGAAGUGGAGGGCUACGUGGUGGUUCUUCAGCCUGAUGCCCCCCAGAUCCUGCUAAGUGGCACUGCUCAUUUUGCCCGCCCAGCUGUGGAUUUUGAGGGACCUGAGGGGAUCCCUUUGUUCCCGGAUCUUCAAAUCACUUGCUCCAUUUCUCACCAGGUGGAAGUCAAAAAGGAUGAGAGUUGGCAGGGCACAGUCACAGACACACGCAUGUCAGAUGAGAUCGUGCAUAACCUGGAUGGCUGUGAGAUUUCCCUGGUGGGGGAUGACCUAGACCCCGAGCGGGAAACCCUGCUCCUGGACAUGGCAUCCUUGCAGCAGCGAGGGCUGGAGCUCACCAACACGUCCGCCUACCUCACCAUUGCCGGGGUGGAGAGCAUCACUGUGUACGAAGAGAUCCUGAGGCAGGCUCAUUAUCGGCUAAGACACGGAGCUGCCCUCUAUGCCAGGAAAUUCCGGCUGUCCUGCUCAGAAAUGAAUGGUCGUUACUCCAGCAAUGAAUUCAUCGUGGAGGUCAGUGUCCUGCAUAGCAUGAACCGGGUGGCCCACCCCAGCCACAUGCUCAGCUCCCAGCAGUUCCUGCACCGUGGUCACCAGCCCCCUCCUGAGAUGGCCGGACACAGCCUGGCCAGCUCCCACCGAAACUCUAGUACGUAAGACCGUGCGGGGCCA